AUGGCCUCUGUGUCAGGGUCUUCAGUGAGUCGAAGCAUACCAGUUGAAGUGGAUGAAUCCAUGCCAUGGUCCCCAUUUCCUGAACAUGUCUUAGAAAAGGCUUUGCAGCUUUCUGGAGAGGAUAUGGAGGAUGAGGAGUCCCAGAGACCACGUGUCCCUCGAACACCUCAGCCUGUGGCCAAUCUGUCAUGCCUCUGCAGAACACCAGCACAUCAUCAGUUACAAUCCAUGGAGCCAGACAGCAGCUUGUGGUCCAAAUACACGGAUCCUGAUGGAGAUGGAUGCUCCUCUUCCCCCAAUGAAUCAAUAGCUGGAGUAGUUCCCUCCAAGAUGCAUCUUGUAGCUAUGGACAAACCAGGCAUGUGGCCAAGAUCACGGCUUUCAGCUGACACUGAGCACAACUCUAGUAAAUCAGAGCAGAGCUUGUCUGACACUCCUGAGGGCUCGCUGGAGGAGAGCAGACAAGGGAGGUCACAGUCACUGCAACGCUUGGGAAACAGACCCCCAUCAGAGCUGGGGACCAUGGACACAGGGUGCAACUCCCAGUCACGAGAUGUCAUGGGCAUCAGGCACCUGGAGCCCCCCUUACCACUGGUGUCUGUGGUGAACUCCCAGGAUCUCCCAGGACCACUGAUUUCCAGAGAGUUUUUCAGACCUGAGCAGCAGCAGUGCCCCGUGUGCCAGCACUUGCCCCAUCCCAACGCCCCCUCGCAAGCCCACGGCUGCUUCGAGCACCGCAGCCCCGCAGAGCAGCACCCCCAGGGCCCAUAUGGCAGAGCUCCUUACCAACAUUUUGCACACACAUCGCAACCGCUUCCUCCUGUUCCUGGACCUUGCAUGAGAGUUAUCCGCCCGGCCCAACAAGUCAUCCCAAAUUAUUCAAACCUUCGUGGUCCCAAGGGCACCAGAGAUCGACUGCCCCAGGGGCUGUGCUCCUCCCCUGGUCCUCCUCGAUUCCCAAACCAGCUAUACAACCAGCUACCUAAUGGUCAGCUGCCCCCCAAAGCAUGUGGGCCGGAUGAAGCAUGCUGUUGUCCUUCUGACAAUUUUCCAUCUCCAGCUGCCGUCCCGAGACCUCUCAGUAACCCUGCAGCCAAGGGAACUCUGAGAACCAGCAAUUUGCCAGAGGAGUUGCGCAAAGUCUUUAUAACCUAUUCGGUGGACACAGCGGUGGAGGUGAUGAAAUUUGUGAACUUCCUGCUCGUAAAUGGAUUUCAAACUGCUAUUGAUAUAUUUGAGGACACGGUACGAGGUAUUGACAUCAUUAAGUGGAUGGAGCGCUACCUAGGUGAUAAGACAGUGAUGAUAAUCAUAGCAAUCAGUCCAAAAUACAAACAGGAUGUGGAAGGGGCUGAAUCCCAGCUGGACAGGGAUGAACACGGCUUACAUACUAAAUACAUCCACAGGAUGAUGCAGAUCGAGUUUAUACAACAAGGGAGUAUGAACUUCAGAUUCAUCCCUGUGCUUUUUCCCAAUGCCAAAAAGGUAACAUACAUACAUACAUAUAUACUUGUCACAUGA